CAAACACUGUCCCAAGUACUUUAACAGUGUCUUAUUUAAUUCUAAGAACCCGGAAAAGGAAAUAUUUCUAUUUCUAUUUAAUACCCGAGAAACUUAGAGGUAGCAGAUGAAGAAUUGAAAUCUAACUCCGUGGGCUUCCAAAACAGCAUUUUGUUCCUCUACUACAAACGACACUCUGGAGAAGAAGAUCCAAAAAAUUUAUUCGUUUUUCAGUGUCACCCUCCGUGGCCCAACCUUUGAGAAUUCUAUGCACCCUCCUUACCAGGAGAUGGCUGGCCAGCCUGAAGGAGGUGAUCACUGGACAGGAGCCUGUGUUCCAGAACCCUCUGCACCUCAGUUCUGAAUUUCAGUUGGAAGGUAUCCUGCAAAUUUCACGGUGUCCUGUGCCGUGACCCCACAAGAUGCCACAAGAAGAGGCUCACUUCAUCUAUGGUAACCUCAGGAAGGGGCACAGUUAUUCUUACAUUACAACUGAAGAGGCUGCAGGGAUUGGCUUCCUGAUAGUGAUCCUGGGAAUUUCACUGCUCAUCGGCUGCUGGUAUUGUAGAAGACGAAGUGGAUACAGAAACUUGACGGACAAAAAUCUUCAUGCUGGAAUUCAAACUAACUUGAGGGAAAGAUGCCCAUAUGAAGGGCUUGGUCAUCAGGACAGCAAACUGUCUUUUCAAAACCAAAACUGUGAUCCUCAGGUCCCUGAGGCUCCUCCUGCUUAUGAGAAACUUUCUACAGGACCGUCACCUCCACCUUACUCACCCUGAGAGCCAGCAAAGCCAUCUGAGAAGUGCUGAAAUGCUUUCCCUCACACUUUUGCUUUAACUUACUUUUGACAUCUAAUGUUCUACUUUAAAAUGAACAACAAUGUACAUAUCUAAUAGGCCAGUGUUACAUUCUUAACAGGACAACUAGCAGUACUAAUCAAGUGAGGAAAUGAUGAAAAAUAUUAAAAUGGAAAGGUUUCAUCAAUAUCUACUGUCUGUACUAGUAGUAAUGCUAUUAAAUCCACUAUUUUAUGAAUAAUAGAACUCAAGUGGGUGUUCUGGGACUAUCUAUUUCUUUUAAAUUGAAAUUUGGCUAACUUACAAACUUUUAUUCAGAUUUUUAAAGUAGCAACCUCUUGACCAACAUGAAAUGUACAGAGAAUGGUGGCAGGUGUUAUAGCCUGCUCACAAAGGACACUUACAAGCUUAAAACUAAGAACUGAAGGACCUACUUAUCUGAUCUGGACCAUGUCAGCCACACCGCUUCGUAUAUAAUAAUACACCCUAAAGAUCCCCACCUUCAGUAAUAUAUAUAAUGAAGUUAUAAUUACAUUUUACUUUAAGGGUCAAUGUUAUCAUAAUUAAGGAUAAGAAUCUUCUCUUAAACCAAAACAGUGGUUUAAGGAUUUAAAUAAGCAAAAGUCACUAAAGUUUGACUCUGUCUGUGUACAGUCUUAAGUGUCCCCAUGGCAGUUUAGCUAUUUUCAGGUUCCAGAAUCUCUCAAACAAGAACAUACAAAAGAAACCAUACAGGAUAAGAGAUCAUGGAGCCGUGUCAUUAUUUGUAUAGCAACAGUGCAAUUUGCUUUUCUGCAUGUUCACAUAUCACACUAUUUAUUAUCUAGUUUUUUUAGUUAGCACAUUAAAUAAAACAUUUGGCCAAAAUAAAAUAAAAAAUAAAUAAAAUAUUUGGUCAAAAUUGAUACCCAUUACCUUAAAUGGAAAACUAGCAUCAUGUUCCAUAAACAGAGGAUAACUAUAAAAAUGAAGAUAAUAAAAGCAGAUUAUUUUUAUUAAAACCUAGGAAGACAUUGAUGGUUGUAGAAAGCUGUGAACCUGAGACCUGCUUUCUUGGCUAAAGAGGGAGAUUACCAAGAGUCAGAGAAAACUUACAGGCUGCUGUUGACAUAAUCAGAAGGUUUGCAAGUUUUAAAACAAUGGCUUUAUCACUGUGAUCCACUGUUAUUUAAUGCUGAGUUGCUAAACCACCUAAAAUCAUUUUGUG